AUGUAUAAAGGUUACGUAAUAUUAUAUUUGUUAGCAACUGUAACGGCUAAUGGUACUGAAAAAAAAAGUUUUACCAUUGUAAUCGAUACCACGGUAUCAAUGCGUGAUGAAAUAGACAUUUUGAAAGCGAAUCUUCAAUCUGUUGUUAUCGAUACAAACUUAGCUGACAUCGCAAAUUACAUUUUGGUGCCUUUUGAUGAUCCCGGGUUCGGUCCACCCCUAAUUAUGUCUAAGGCAGAUAGACUUGUCGAGCUAAUGAACAUCGUGGAAGUGGGCGGUGGAAGUGAUUGCCCAGAAAGUUCUAUGCCAGCAAUUGAACAGGCACUAACAGUGAGCAAGCCUAAUUCGUUCAUAUUUGUAUUCACGGACGGAUACGCUAACGACGAUAGUAAAUUGAGUUCUAUAAAGAGACUAUGUCGUAGUACACACAGCCAGGUGAUAAUUUUUCUCAGCGGCAAAUGUGUUGCAACCGGUACAAGAGCUGUGGUUGGAACUAUUGACGCUUACUUUGAUGUUGCGAAAUCAUGUUCCGGUUCUGUUCUUCAGUUUGAAUUAAGCAACUAUCGACAGGUUUUUAAAUUUAUGAAAGAAUUAAUUAAAACGGAUUGGACAGAAAUCCAAGCUCAUGAAGAAUUCAUUGGACCGAAACUAUUUACGUUUCCCGUCGAUUCGUAUACAAAGGACUUUAUUGUAGCAGUAUCGGGCGAAUAUGCAUCUUUGGAAAUAACCGACGAAUAUGGACGAAGUCCCACUGUCGAGAAAAUUGUUGAUACACGUCAGUCCCAGGUAGUCCGCAUCGUUAGGCCAGAUAUUGGAGAGUAUAAGGCGAACAUCCUGUCCCAAGGACCAACAAUAACAACGUUUUAUAGAAGAAGAGAAUUGAAGUUCCAAUUCGGCUUUUCACCUAAACUCCCUAGAAGCAUGAAAGAAACCAGUCGCCUACCGAUACCAGGUUCUUCGAGUUACAUAUGCGUCGCAGUAGCGGAAAUAUCGAUAGAACUAAAUUCUAUUCAUAUCAAAUUUGAUGGCAGAGAUGUGAAAGCUAUUAAUGUUGAAAUUGUUGACCAAAGUAAAGGUUUAUACGCCGCGAAAGAAUACUUCGAACCUGGAAAAGCGUUUAGAAUUACGAUAUACGGUCGUGAUUCAUCGUCUUAUCAAGUAAUAAAAGGAACAACGGGAACAUUAGUACCUCAGACACAAGUGCUUCGACCACAGGAACAAAAACCUAGAAUAACCAUGAUUGAACCAAAGGAAGCACUGGUGGAUUUUAAAACAAAUUUCAUCAUCGCCUGUAAAGUCUCUGGUUAUCCAAAACCAGUUAUUUCCUGGUAUGCCGACAUUGGGACGGUUUUGCGGUCAGAGGAUGCUCUCCUCGAAUAUCCAUCAGUUUUUAUAAGCUAUGCUACUAUAGAGAAUGUGACUAAGAAUGGAACCAUUUCUUGUAAAUGUGAAAAUUCGGAAGGUGAAGACACCUUGUCAAUGGAUCUUUAUGUCAACAGAACUUUUACUUUCGAAGUAAAGGAAUAUCCUCAAGACGCAACAUUUGAAUUUGGAGAAGAGGGAAAACUUUUCUGCGAAGUAGAUGCAUACCCCGAGGCUUCAAUAAAAUGGUAUCACAAUGACUCACUUAUAGAUUCUGAUAAUGAUGAAAUAAUUUUUGAAGAAAAUAUGAUUUUAAUUAAAAACAUGACCUUAGACACUACAGGAGAUUAUAAGUGUGAAAUAAGCAAUUCUGUUCAGACUAAAUCAUACAUUGCUAUCGUAGAUAUAUCUGGCUUAGAAAGUCCAGAAGUGAAACUGGAUGACACUGAACUUGUGUUAAAACCAGGUGACUGGGUGAACACCAAAUGCACAGUUAUUAAGGGUAAACCAGCGCCUGCUGUCACCUGGAAAUUUAAAACUGCUGAUGAUUUCGAGGAAAUACCGGAAGGUGUAAUCGCUGAAGAAACUUCUCUCAAAAUUCCGUCAAUAAAAACCGAGCACAUGGGUACUUACAAAUGUGAAGCAGUGAAUAUAGUCGGGUCUGACUCAGGAGAGGUAUCAAUUAAAGUUGAAUAUGCGCCAAAAAUCAAGGUUAAUGAAGAGAUUAAAGUUGUAAAAGAAGACGAUCAAGUUGAGUUAUCGUGUGAAGUUGAUGCCGUACCGAAAGCUCGCGUUAGAUGGGAGAUAAUGAAGGAUGAUGUCAUCGUACCUUUGGACAGCAGACAUUACACUGAUGAAUGGAAUACCCAUAGGUUUACUGCUCAGUCAAAUGACUCUGGACACUAUAACUGUAUUGCCGAGAACGACGUUGGAAAAGCGGAACGAACAAUAACAGUUAAUGUUUUGGUGGAACCGUACAUCGAAGCUCCUCGGUUGAAUUUCAUAUCGGUCAGGUCUGGUGACACGGUCACAUUGCCCUGUAUUGUUUCACACGGUAAUCCAGAACCGUCAACAAAAUGGGAGUUUAUAGCUCUCAACUCAACAGUGACGACUAUAUCAAGAGGCAAACCCCCGAACAUUUUAACAUUAAGGAAUAUUUCAAAAAGGCACGAGGGAUCUUAUAUUUGUUUAGCGGAAAAUGAAGCAGGUUCCGACACAAUUAAAGUCAUUGUAAAAGUAUUCUAA